UCGAUGGGUGUUGAUUAGUCGUAGCCAGACAACAUACAGGAAAGACAUGGCGGAGCACAAUAGCUAUGAACAGGAGUGCCAACGGGCGGAACUUCUGGGCAUCCAACCACCGAAUAAGGAUGAAUUCGACCGUAAACAAAGGGAACGACUGGAAUAUGAAUUGGCCGAACAGGAGGCCGCCGAGGCAAACGUGCUGGAGGAGCAGGAUGAAUCCCUGCGUAGCGCGGGUGGCAAGUUGGAUGAAUUGAACAGCAUUUUGUCGAGCACGCAGCAGCGUUUGAAUCGCUUUAAGCAGACAGCGUGUGGCAGCUUGACAAAUAUAUUUGCACGUGGAGGCAGUUUUAGUGGCCCGGCCGGUAGCGCUGGUAGCAACUCCACGGAUGUGGUGCCAGGUGGUGGUGUCGAGGAGUCUGCGGAGCAGCCACCAGUCCAAAAGCAACCACAACCAAUGACACCGCCAACUGCGGCUCAGGUGAGCGCAGCAAAGGCAGCGCAACGUCAGAAGAUGGAUGGACAUCUGGAUAAGCUGGAUACAAUGAUCAACAAAGCGGGCAAUGCCGAGUUGGCGAUGAGCGAACAGACAAAACAGAUGCGUCGUCUGGCCAAGUGAUAGUGUUAAAGAAGUUGGGAAUCUUACGGGAAAGUAUUCUUUAUUCGUCUUUAUUCGUUUAUGCAAUAUUCCUUGAUUAUUACGAGUACAUAUUGUAUGUAUGUAUCUGAACACAUGCGUUGCCCUUAAUCACAAAAAAUUAUUAAACGUAAGUCGAGAUUUUCAAUCACAAAAUGUGCAAAGUUUGUCUUUGCAAAUAUAGUUACAAUAUACAAUAUAUAUAUAUAUAUACACACAAAUCUAAAUAUGUACAUAUAUAAGUACUUGUUUCCAAUUAAUACUUGUUGCUAAAUAUUAACCAAAUUUAAAUUAAAAUUACAGAAACAAUAAACAGAAAAGAAAACAUUAA